AUGUAUUCCUCGAUCCAGACAGGUGGUAUAUUGCUUUCUGCUGAUAGGAACCUAUCAAGAACUCCUCUUGGUACAUUGUUCCGUUCUAGUGACAUCCAAGAGGAAGUUAAUCCGAUUGCUUUUGGUAUUAACAACCGUCAAGGUAGCAGCCAUAGGGGUUUCCGACAAAGAUCAGCACUAGAACCAACAGCAUUAGCAGAAGCAUCAGCAUUAGCACGAGCAGCAGCAGCAAUAGCAUACAAUCAGUGGUAUUUGAAGGCACACGUCAAGACUAUUGAUACUAUUCCUACGGUUACUUUGCCUCAACCUUUGGCUAAUGGCGAUGCUAAUCAUUUUGGAAACAAAGGCAAAGCUAAAACAACCAAAACAAACACCCAAACUAGCAGUGAUCAGUCUAAAUUAUCUGAUUCCUCUAACAACAAAUUUGGAAAACGGAAGUCAGCUGGUAACCAUGAUGAUUCGAAAGCUAAGAAGCAACAACACUUCUGCAAGUUCCAUAAACGUUAUGUUUUGCACACACUUCUGAUGAGUGUAAAACGAGGAACUCUGAUAAGCUGA